CUGCUCCUGACAAACGUUUGCAGGACUGUUGUGCGGAGGUAAAAAUCAACACUGUUAGCAGAAAGUCCCUACAGCCGGAUUUGGUGCCACCUCUCUUUAAGACAUGGCAGAGGCAGGAAAUGGGUCUCCUACUGCUGUUCCCCUGUAUUGCAGUUAUGGGUCUCCUGUUGGAGUUUUAUGUGACAGAGAUGCAGGCAUUGUCGUAGAUCAGCAAGCAAAGGAGGCAGCAAGCAAAAGCAGUUUGGACUGUCAAUUAGAAGCACAAACUAAUGAAAGACGGUACGUAUGCGUGGAUUGCGGGUACAGGACAGCUAACAAGAAUGACUUAUCAAGACAUAUCAGAAAGCAUACAGGUGAAAAACCCUACAAGUGUGACCAGUGUGAUUAUUCUGCUACACUGAAAGCCAAUUUGGAAAGACAUCUACUCCAACACACUGGUGAUAAGCCCUACAUGUGUGGGGAGUGUGGGCACAGAACAACUCAACAGUCUGCCUUAGCCAUACAUAUGAGAACCCAUACUGGUAUAAAACCAUACAAAUGUGACCAGUGUGAUUAUUCUGCUGCACAGAAAAGUAAUUUGGACAGCCAUCUUGCAAAUCACUCUGAUGAAAAACCCUUCAUGUGUGAGGAAUGUGGGUUCAGGACAGCUCAUAGGCGUCACCUAUCCAGACACAUGAGAACUCAUACUGCUGAAAAACCCUACAUGUGUGGGGAGUGUGAGUACAAGACAAUUCAAAAGUGUGACUUAUCCAGACAUAUGAGAACUCAUACCGGUGAAAAUCUCUACAAGUGUGGCCAGUGUGAUUAUUCUGCUGCACAGAAAUCCACCCUGGAAAGCCAUCUACUCAAACACACUGGUGAGAAAUCCUACAUGUGUGGGGAGUGUGGAUACAGGACAACUAAAAAAUCUACCUUAACCCAACAUAUGAGAAUCCAUACUGGUAUAAAACCACACGAAUGUGAUAAGUGUGAUUAUUCUGCUGCACAUAAAAGUAAUUUGGACCGCCAUCUCAGAGCAGAACACUCUGAUGACAAACCCUUCAUGUGUGGGGAAUGUGGGUUCAGGGCAGCUCAUAGGCGUCACCUAUCCGGACAUAUGAGAAGUCAUACUGCUGAAAAACCCUACAAAUGUGACCAGUGUGAUUAUUCUGCUGCAAGGAAACACCAUUUGGACAUCCAUGUUGCAAAGCACACCGGUGACAAACCCUACAUGUGUGGGGAAUGUGAGUACAAGGCAACUCAAAAGUCUGACUUAUCCAGACAUAUGAGAAUUCAUACCAGUGAAAAGCCCUACAAGUGUGGCCAGUGUGAUUAUUCUUCUGCACAGAAAUCCACCCUGGAAAGCCAUCUACUCAAACACACUGAUUAG